AGAGAGAGAGAGAGAGAGAGAGAGAGAGAGGAGGAAAAUAGGGCCAAGGACCGAUCAGAAGAAAUCAAGAUCUGGUGAGGCAAAACGAGAGGGAGAGGGCUGGGAACAACGGACAACACGAAACACUAGUUCAAGAAAAUCUUCCAGCGCCUAAAAUGACUUUACACAACUUGCGUGAUGGCUGAUCAUUUUAAAGCGUUUUUACUGUGGUUUUUCAUUUAUUGAAUUGAGAAAAUUCAUCAUCCUCUCUGUCUGCGGAACUUUUCUGUAACUUUUUACUGUCAGUCAGUCGGUCAGAUUAAGGACAAGGGAAUAAAUGUAAUCUUGGGCUAAGACUUAUACAUUAAUUUCGAUACAGAAAAGAAGAACAAGGAUCAUAUUGGCGGAAAAAACCGAGGAAGCGCUACCUGCGGUUUAUCUAAAUCACCGUCUGACUGAAAGAGACCACAAAACUUUUACUGCUGAACUUUGAUUUGUCUUCAAGUCUGGCGUGAGACCGAUGCAGUAACUUGCAGGACUUCCACCGUAACUCAGUUGGUCAAAACUUAACAUUUGUUUAAUAAGUACGUUUUAAGGGAAAACCAUGGAGAGCGGUUCUCAGUGGCCAGUGCUAAUGGUGUUCCUGUCGGCUUUGUUUACAUCGGGAGGUGCCAAUCCCUUGACAGAGCUACAUUUUGUGCGGAGCCCGAAUAACGUGACGUCGUCGCUGGGCAAGCCUGUGGUGCUCCACUGCUCCCUGCAGGGACCCGGGGGGGAGGAGGAGGACCCCCCUGAUGUGGUGUGGAUGAGGGACGGACAACCACUGCACUACGCAGACACCAACCAGGUGCAGGUCCCCUUCAGCAUGGACAGCUGGAGGGUCACCAGCACGCUCAGGAUAGAGAAGGUCAAGCUGCCAGACAUGGGCUCGUAUCGCUGUGCUGUGAUGUCUGACGACCACCCCACCCUGUCUAAGGAAGGACACAUCCAACUGGAGGGUCUGCCCCAUUUCUCUGUGGAGCCCCAGCACAUGUCAGUGGUGGCCAACCUCACCCUCAGCCUGCACUGCGUGGCCCACGGGCCUCCAGAACCAGUCCGGGUCAUCUGGCUCCAGAAUGGAGCUCCACUGAACACCCUGAAGGACCCAGUGGCACUGUCGCCUUCUACACUGAACCUCACAGGCCUGAACCAGACUAGCACCUUCUCCUGUGAAGCCCACAACCGCAAGGGUGUGGCCACCUCGGCCUCUGGCACCAUCACCGUUCUUCCAGCCCAGCCCCACAAGCUGAGGGCUGUAGAAGUCACCAACUCCAGCCUGCAGCUGGCCUGGCAGCCAGGCUUUGGAGGAAACUACCCCAUCACCCAUUGCACCGUGCAGACAAAGCAAUCGGGGGAGGUCUCCAGCAUGGGCCCCGAUCACAUGACCGAUCACAUGAUCCUCAACCAGGACGUGAACGUCCCCCCGACCAGCCUCUUGCUGGGCCUGGAGCCCCACAGCCCCUACGCAGUCAGGGUCUCCUGUCACAGCAGCCAGGAGCCUCUGUGGACACCCUGGGUGGGGCUCCACACCAGCCAAGGAGUACCGGAUAACCCCCCCGUGAACGUGAGCGCGGUGCUGAAUGGUACAGAUGUGCUGGUGAGCUGGGAGGAACCUCCUGGGAGGCUGAAUGGAGACCUCCAGGGAUACCUGCUGGAGUACAGCACCCCCAACAUGAAUCAGACGGUGCUGGACGCAGGCCUCUACCCUGAGCUGUCCAUCAACCUGUCCCUGCCCCUGUCCAACGUGUCCUUCAGGCUGUGUGCCUACACAGAGGCGGGCCUGGGACCCUGGACACCCCUGCAGACCCUCACCCUCAUCACCCCUGAAAUGGAGGAGCUGAAGUCCAGAGGCCUGUCCUCCCCCCCUACCUUCUCCUGGCACUGGUGGUAUGUGGUGAUGGCCAUCGCGGCGGCCGUGGCCCUGGCUGUGCUCAUGGCCGUGUACGUGGCUCGUCUGCGGAGGAAGGAGACUCGUUUUGGUGAGGCCUUUGAGCCCAUGAUGGAGAGUGGGGAGCUGGUGGUCCGGUACCGAGCCCGUCGCACAUACAGCCGCAGAACCACCGAGGCUACCUUGAACACCCUUGGCAUCAGUGACGAUCUCAAGCACAAGCUGCAGGACGUGAUGGUGGACAGACAUAAACUAACCCUGGGAAAGACGCUGGGAGAAGGGGAGUUUGGCUCUGUAAUGGAGGGGCUGCUCACUCAAGAGGAGUCUGCUCUGAAGGUGGCAGUGAAGACCAUGAAGAUUGCCAUCUGCACUCGCACGGAGAUGGAGGACUUCCUACGAGAGGCCGCGUGCAUGAAGGAGUUUGACCACCACAACGUGAUGAGGCUCCUAGGUGUGUGUCUUCAGACUGUGGAGAGUGAAGGUUAUCCAUCUCCUGUGGUGAUCCUGCCCUACAUGAAACAUGGAGACCUGCACAGCUAUCUGCUAUACUCACGUCUGGGAGACUGCCCUGUGUUCCUCCCAUCCCAGAUACUGGUGAAGUUCAUGACCGACAUCGCCCGGGGGAUGGAGUACCUGAGCAGGAAGAACUUCAUCCACAGAGACCUGGCAGCUCGUAACUGCAUGCUGAAUGAGAACAUGAACGUUUGUGUGGCGGACUUCGGCCUCUCCAAGAAGAUCUACAACGGAGACUACUACCGCCAGGGCCGCAUCUCCAAGAUGCCCGUCAAGUGGAUCGCCAUCGAGAGCCUGGCUGACCGCGUCUACACCACUAAGAGUGACGUGUGGUCGUUUGGAGUGACCAUGUGGGAGAUAGCGACACGUGGUCAGACACCGUACCCUGGGGUGGAGAACAGUGAGAUCUACGACUACCUGAGGCAGGGGAACCGCCUCAAGCAGCCUCCAGACUGCCUGGACAGCAUCUACUCCAUGAUGUUCUCCUGCUGGCUGCUGAGCCCCAAGGACCGACCCGGGUUCCAGGACCUGCGCUGCGAGCUGGAGAAGGCCCUGGACGAGCUCCCGGACCCGCAGGACCCCGACGAGAUCCUCUACGUCAACAUGGAGGAGUCCUCCUCGGAGCUGGGCGCUGUGGGGGGCCGGGACCCCACGGGGGGCCCCUGUUUGAAGGGCCUGGAGUCUGUGGCCACGGUGGAGGUGCACCACCCCAACCGUUACGUCCUCUGUCCUCAGCACGAGACCAACCGAGCGCUCUCCGACUCGCUGGAUAGUCUCAACGUCCUGGCGUCCUCCUCCAUGGCCACCCUGCCCCUCCAGCCCUCCUCUCACUCCACCCCCACGCCCUCGCCCGCCCCCACGCCCACAGCCGAGGUCCUGGAGGACAGGGAGUGGUGUGGGGUCAGGAAGGUACCCUGGUAGUGAUGGGUGUUCUCUGCCUCAGUUUGAUGGACUGUCACAAACUGGGAUAUGGACAGCUUAGGACGUGGGUGAGCGAUACCAAUGUGGGCCAGCCUCUCCGAUCAGGGAGCUCCACAAUCCUUCCUCAUGGUAGUGAACUCAUUGGACACCGACAUGUCCCAACAUACGUUUUGCACAAACAGCCACACACACACACACUCCCUAAGACAUUCCCAGUUGUAUGGAGCUUCCGACAUUUGUAUUCCUCUUUCCACCUCCACUCUAAGCCAGAGAACAUUGAGCGUACAGCUCUUUGCCAUUCAAACAGACCUUCCCCGCCCACUUAAACUGCAGCACGAUCAGAGAAUCGGACACCAGGUUAAUGUGUACGUCAGUACACGUCCCAGUGUUUCACAAUCAUUUGAACCUACUGUAACAUCAUGCUAAUCUACGAUCUGCCAGGUCAGACACUGACACUCUUGUGUACGACACAUAAACACACUCAGGAGUCUCUUCAGUCCGACUGUCCAGCGAGCAGAUGCAGAGGUCACAUCCACUACAUGUGACAGACGUCCUGUUAAUCCAUGGGAAUGGACAAAGCCAUCACGGCAGCUUCUCAAACCAGGACAGAAGGAGAUGGGGAUCACAUGACGCGGAGGUGAUGGUGGAUGCGACAACAAUAUCUUGACCCCGCCCACGGUUGCGCCUCGGUCCUGUCUCUCCAUAUGCAUCUUUUUCCUCACAUUCAUCCUCUAAGAGACAUGUAGUUUGACACCGAAGUAUCUACAGUUCCGUAAAGCAGAUACGCAGUUCAGUGGAAUCGUGAACAGAAAAGACAGAAAGGGAAAUGAAGCAGUUCCUUCAUGGCUGAAGUGACUGUGUACAGUUUAACGAGGGGAAGACCUGGGGAGAUCGGCACUCCCUCCGAGUCUCUGGUCAUUAUCACAACUCAGGAACUAGUAGUAGACAGUUAAACCCCCCCAAAAAGGUACUGGUCAGUUGAAGAGAGAGGCAUGCUCUUGAGUCUCGGAGAGUUAAAGGAGUUACAAGAUGGCUUUCCGAUGGCUAGACAAAAGCUUUUGUGGCUUAAGCACAGUGUUACUUCUACAGUGUGAUUGGACUUUUUCUUAUGUUUUUUUUGUUUGUGUUUGUGUGACCUUUGCACUAAUGUUAACAUUUUAUAUACUUUUCUUUAUUUUUUUAUUGUAUUUUGUGUUGCUUGCUUUUAUUCAUUUUUAAUCACUAAGUGUGUCCUUAGUCUGAAAUGGACUGAUACAUUAUGCCUCUGACGAACAAAAGCUGACUUUAUGCAACAAAUAUAAACGUUUCGUUUAUUGGGAAAUGGUACGGUCAGCUAGGAUGUAGUGUGUGUACAAACCAGCGUUACCACAUCCCUAGACCACGAUCUACUUCUGCUUUUCCAAAAUUCAGAGGAAUCGGACUCCCCCUCUGCUGUGUCACACUGCAGGGGAGGUGUGCGUACACGGCCACUUCCAGAGAGCUGGAGACGCGAGGCUGGGAAUGGCGUGAGAGGCAGAGAACCGCGAGCGAGAGAUCGCAGUUUUUGACAUCUUUCGCUUGUGUUGUUGUUGAGACACAACAGUAACGCCCAGAACUUGUCGUUACUUUGCAUUGUGUGUCCACUUAUUUCUGCAGAUGCUAACAUCCAUCAGUUCCUCACUUACUUUACGAUUUACUAUUUGAUGAGGUGCAGAUCAGAUCAGUUGAGGAAGGAAUUUGGUUGAAUAAACGUGCUGCUCGACAAUACGUGUAACUACCUAAAACACAUAGAAGGACGGUCGCAUUGUUAGCAUGAUUGAAAAUCCACCUGUACGUUUCCCGUCUUGCAUUUUGGUGCUGUAUGUUUUAACUGAAGGUAGGCAACUACAGUAGCACAGUAUUGUGGAUGAGAAGGACUGAAAUCAAUGCUGUAUUGAAGACAUGGUGACUUGCAUUCAGUUUUAACAUCACAGACGAAGGUACACAAGAUCGUCAUACCGAGUCAGUGGAGGGUUUGUCCUUGAGCUAUCCUGGUUAAAAUGGGCUUUUCACAGAGUGAAUUCUUAGGCCUUUAUGCAUUUAACAAAAAUCGGAUUGUACAAAAUAUAAAAAAGACGACAACUCUUAUCUAAUAUACAUAUGUGUUGUAAUAGCCUUUUUACAUGCCACACCUACAAUGUUUAUAUUCGUCCAGCAAUAAACUGAAGUUCUAACUUUACAAAGUGCCUUCAGAGAGCCAGUAUUCUGCCAUUUGUUUUGGUUUAUGAUGCCUGUGGGUUUCAAUGUGUCUAGCUAAUAAGGAGACGAUUGUUCUAAAACAGGCAUGUAAAUACGGCAAUGAAUUUGUAAAAGAUUUUUAUACCUAUUUUGUAUGAAAUAAAAGAGAUUCCUUACA